UCGUGUUAUUAUUAAUAUUAGUAAUAGCUAGUUACAAUAGCAUAUAUUAUAUAUAGAGUAAUAGUUAUUAAACUAAUAUGAAAUAUAUGAAACAUUAUAUAUAUAUAUCAUGUGUAAAAAAAAAUGGCGUCCCGCUGAGGCUCUUGAAAAUGCCACUGCAGGAUUCCAUGGUAACGGAUUAUUCCACUUGGAGCUGGAGAUAGGGGAAGCGUGAUGCUUUAUGAGGAUCAAAGAGAAGUAAAUAAAAUGACGCAUUGUUCUAAAAUUACAAACUAGCACAUAUUAUUAAGAAACAAACAUUCAAACAAAUAAAUAAAUCUUUAUCUGUGAUGUUGGAGAUGGCUGUCCCCCUACUGCCCCAAUGGAAGUUGCGGUGUAGCUGGACACGCGACCGCUGUGUUAUUGUACUACUACUACUACUGCUGCGAUUCGGUUUAUUUGUUUAUUUAUUUUGUUCUCGGUUAAAAAACAAACAAGCAAACAAACAGUCGUUAAGCAGCGCGAGAUGCCGUGUAACUCGCGCCGGAUGAGAGCGCGAGAGCGCGGGGACGUGCUGGGACGCGCGGAGUUCCUCUCGCUUCAUCAGCCGCAGCGUAAUGGCGGCGCGGCGCGGAGACCGAGCAACAUCAAAGCCCACCAGCACCAUGAGCACGCGCCGCAGCCGCCCGGUGAAGGCGUAAAGGAGCGCGCGGAGGCGCCGCGGUGGCCGGAAGAGGACUGCAUGCGUCUUAACCCGUCCCUGAGAGGCAUCGCGGUCAGCUCGCUCCUGGCCAUCGACAUCCACCUGUCCAAGCGCCUCGGCGUGUGCGCGCACGGAUCGUCCUCGUGGGGUAGCGUGCGCUCCGUCGUCACCCUGCUCGCGCUCACCGGACACGGGCUCACGUGGAUCGGCGGCACGCUGUUGUGUCUGACCCGCAGCAGCACCGAAGCCGGACAGGAAGUGCUGAUCAACCUGCUGCUGGUGAUAGUAAAUGUUACACUUCCUGUCCAUCCAGCGCUGGUCCUUGACAUCUUGAUGGUGGCCGGAGUGCAGAAGCUGGUGAAGCGUAGAGGACCAUGGGAAAUGACCCCGGGCUUCCUGGACUGCGUGGCGAUGGACAUGUACUCCUUCCCCGGGGCUCAUGCCAGCAGGGCCACGAUGGUGUCCCGGUUCCUGCUGUCUCACCUGGUCCUGGCUGUGCCACUGCGGGUUCUGCUGGUUCUGUGGGCCUUUCUGGUCGGACUCUCCCGGGUUCUUCUCGGGCAGAACCACGUGACCGACAUGGCAUGCGGCUUCGCGCUCGGGUCGCUCCACUACGUCCUGGUGGAGACCAUAUGGCUGCCGUCCAGCGCCUGCCAGAUGCUGCUGUCUAUAGGGACGCUCAGCUGGAGCCCCUUCCACUAACACACACACACACACACAAACACACACACCAGCAUUUAGCUUUUGUGAUAUAACUCCAUCUUAAAACAUCAGACAUAGCUGUGUUUGGUGUCUGAUUUUUACGUCUGUACUUUUUUAAUCUAAACUUUUUCUUAAAUGUAAAUGUUUGUCUUGUAGCUGAGCAACUGGACACUGAAUCAGUAUCAUGUAUUAUCAUAUAAACGUUAGCUAACAUGUGAUCCACUCAUUUUUCUGGUGUGAGACUGGUCAGAACUUUUCACACUUUCAGAUCAUGGAACUCUUUUUUUUAUGAUUACGUCAUUGUGAGAGUUGACACGCUGCAAACCCAUUCCUUAGCUGAACAAAAUUAGCUAGCUAAACGUGUCUGUUAUAGCCAAAUCCUCUGUAAGAACGUGACCUAGCCUCAGGUCUAGCGUUAGCAUUGCGAAUUUAUACGUUUUCCAUCCUGUAAGCAUAACACCUCUUGCCUUGGAAACGUGUCUGAUUUGAUACUCAGUAAAAACAUUAGGGCUGUGACUCAGGGGUUAAUGAGCACAAAAAUGUCCACCUCUGUCAGUAAUAUACCCAUGUGUCUGUGUGAGUGUGUGUGUGUGUGUGUGUCUGUUUGUUCUGUCAUUUUGUUAGCUACUAUUAGCCUCAACGUUUCCUUCUUUCCUUCCACGUUCCUCUUUCCUCUUGUUCCUUUGGCUCGAGCUAGGCCCCACCCACUCAUUUGCAUAAUUCGCACAAUGUGUGAAACCUUUUGAGAACUAGUUCUACAAUCUUCACAAGAUUUACGUCACACUACUCAGAAGAGUACGAAUCUUAAUAAGAAGAAUUAAAAAAAAAAUAGUUGUUGGGAUUCUUGUAAACAAUAUGACUGCUGCAUGUCAAUCAAUUCUCAGGAGGCGGAGCCUAAUGUACUUUAAUGAAUUAGUGUGAGUGAGGAUAAUAAAGUCUGAGGGUUUUAUGUACAUGUUCAAUAGUAGCAUCUACAAUCUGUUUCAUAUCUUCUAUAAAACGGAGAGUUCUGAUUAUUAAAGCCACUCAUUUAUUAAUGUGUCAUUAUUGUGUAAUAUUACAGUCUUAUUAUUAUUUUAUUUUUAUUACACAGUGUGUGUUCAUGUGCUGUUUUUUUUGCUGCUGUUAUUUUCUCCUAAAUAUUUGUUCAGUGUCUGGAUGUGCAGAAGGAACUUUGUGCAUUAUUGUGUAUGUAUGUAUUUAUUUAUUUAUUUAUUAAAAGUAUAUUGUAAAUUUCUGUCUUUAUUUCAGCAUCAGUGUUCGAGUAUC